AUGGAGAACGCAUCAUUUGUCCUUCGAGCCGUGAAAGAUGUGGCAAUCGAAGAUCGUCCGAAACCUGAACUGAAAGAUGAUUAUGACGUGCUAGUUCACGUCGCGCAAACCGGUAUCUGCGGUAGUGACGUUCACUACUGGCAACGCGGUCGCAUCGGUGAUUAUAAGCUCACAGGACCAAUGGUGCUAGGCCAUGAGUCUUCGGGUAUUGUUGUUGAGACAGGAUCUAAAGUCUCCCACCUCAAAGCUGGUGACCGUGUUGCUUUGGAGCCUGGCGUUCCAUGUCGCCGUUGUGAGUUUUGUCGCAAGGGAUCCUACCACCUUUGCAGUGAUAUGAUUUUUGCAGCGACCCCUCCUUGGGAUGGAACGCUUGCAAAAUACUAUAUCAAUGCAGCCGACUUCUGUUAUAAGAUUCCAGAUUCUAUGGAUAUGGAAGAAGCUGCGAUGGUAGAGCCUGUUUCUGUAGCUUGUGCUAUCGCAAAAACAGCCGAUCUUCGAGCACAUCAAACAGUCUUGGUAUUGGGUGCUGGGCCUAUUGGUGUUCUCUGCCAGGCAGUUGCAAAGGUCUAUGCAGCAAAGACUGUCGUUGCAGUUGACGUUGUUGAGCGUAGACUGGAGGUUUCCAAGUCUUACGGGGUAGAUUAUACCUAUAUACCCCCUCGCGCAGCACCUGGCGAUGAUCCCAUGGAGCACGCAGAGAUGGUUGCAACAAAAAUGAAAUCUCAAUUCGGAAUCGAAGAAGGGUUUGAUGUGGUCUUGGAAUGCUCUGGUGCUGAACCGUGUGUUCAACUCGGUAUUUACGCUGCCAAGCCAGGUGCCACUUUUGUCCAGGCAGGAAUGGGGAAGGAAAAUGUCCUUUUCCCAGUCACUGCAGUUUGCACAAAAGGGAUUAUCGUUAAAGGCUCUAUUCGAUACCUACCAGGAUGCUAUCCUGCAGCUAUCGAUCUUAUUGGUCGUGGUCAGAUUGAUGUGAAGAGACUGAUCACCAAUCGCUACAAGUUUGAAGAGGCAGAGGAGGCCUUUGAACUUGUUAAAGCCGGACGUGAGGAUGUUUUCAAGGUCAUUAUUGCUGGUGUGGAGUAG